GAGUCGCGAUACCCGCAAAGCAGGCAUGGCCUCUGCAUCGUACAGAGGUCCGAGCGUAGAGUUUACUCCUAUACUCUUUGACUCACAGCUCAUUGCUUUCGAGCAUUUCAUGGCUGCAAACAAUACACUCCCAUUUUAAUUUCAAUUAAUCAACACCGUAGUACCAGUUGAAACCUAAGGCAUACGAAUAGCUAGAUACCUACCUACCGUUCGGCAAAGGCUCGGGCUAAAUCGCUGACGAAAUCGGCCUUCAAGUCUACGUGCGUUGGGACUAAGAAAAUUAUGCAAGCCGGCAUUAGUCACGUAUGUGGGGGGUUGUUGUAUAAACCUCUCGGGGGUACGGGGACGCCUCGAGAUGAAGUUUUGCAUAGACAAGUAGACUUUUGCAUUCGUGCUAUUAUUUUGUAAAGUAAUUUUUCCUUGCUUCAAGAAACAGGCGACCGCAAACCGACCAAGACGGAGGAAAUAAUGGGCCAGGAUAUCAAGAGUACGAACGGUGUUAAUGGCCAUAUCCACCAUAACGGCGCGGUGUCGUCCCUGACCAGGGCAGCCGAGGUUGAAGAUCUCGUAGAUGCCGUCAAGUCUCUGCUGCUGCCCUUCAUCAAGUCCGCGGAUGAUGCGGCGCCGGAGAGGGCCAGGGGCGGCAAUGUGACAUCUCAGUCAAGCGUACUUGUCGACUCCUAUGCCCCUAAGGCACUGGUGGAACGACUGGCGUUUUCGUUGCCGGAACGAGAGGGUCGAGGGCGUGACGGACUGCUCGCUACCAUCCAGAGUCUCCUGAAGUACAGCGUCAACACCUGGGAUCAAGGGUUUUUGGACAAACUGUACUCGAGCACCAAUGCUGUCGGCGUAGUCUCAGAACUUGUCCUCUCCGUCUUGAACACGAACCUCCACGUAUACAAUGUCUCUCCCGCUUUAACGGUCAUUGAACGGGAGACUGCAAAGUCAUUCGCCGCGUUGUUCGGAUUCACUGGUCCACGUGCUGGCGGUGUGACAUGUCAAGGUGGUUCGUCAUCGAAUCUGACCUCGCUAGUCAUCGCCCGCAACGCACUAUACCCCGAUACCAAGAUCAACGGCAACGGGGCUCACAAUUUCGUCCUUUUCACCAGCCAGCACGGCCACUACUCGGUCGAGAAGGCCGCGACGACCCUGGGUCUCGGAAAAGCGGCUGUCGUUGCCGUGCCCGUGGAUGACGCAGGCUGCAUAAUUCCCAGCGCCCUCCGAGAGGCCGUCGCGCGCUCCAAGGCCGACGGCAAGACCCCCCUCUACGUCAACGCCACAGCCGGCACCACCGUGCUCGGCUCGUACGACCCGUUCCGGGCCAUCUCGGCCAUCUGCAGGGAGUUCAACCUCUGGCUGCACAUCGACGGGUCGUGGGGCGGGAGCGCCGUGCUCUCGUCGAGGCAACGCCACAAGCUCGAGGGCGCGGAGCUGGCGAACUCGCUGACGGUGAACCCGCACAAGAUGCUCAACGUCCCCGUCACCUGCUCGUUCCUGUUGACCAACGACUUGAGUGUGUUCAAGAAGGCCAACACCCUGGCCGCUGGAUAUCUGUUUCACAGUGACGAUGACGACGACGUGGAGGAGGAGACAAAGGAGUACUGGGAUCUCGCGGACCUGACUCUUCAGUGCGGGCGCCGCGGAGACGCGCUGAAGCUGGCCCUCGCGUGGGUCUACUACGGAGCUGCUGGCUUCGAGAAGCAGAUCGAUCAUGCCUUUGACAUGGCUUCGUACCUUGCGACGUUGGUCCAAGAACACCCAGACUUCAGGUUGGUGAGCAGCAACCCACCACCAUGUCUGCAGGUGUGCUUUUACUACGCCCCCGAUGGCGCGUUGGCGGAGGACGAGAGUGAGAAUACCAGACGGACGAGCGAGGUGGUGAAGAAGCUGGUGCCGAGAGGUUUUAUGAUCGACUACUCUCCAGGACCCCAAGGUAGCUUCUUCCGAGUUGUUGUGAACUGUCAAACACUGGAAGGAACCGUGGAGGGGCUUCUGAAGGCGUUGGAAGAGGUUGGCCGAGAAGUGGUGGUAUAGACUGCACAUGGACACCAUUCCACCAUCAUUUCGUGUAAUUCUCUUCCUAUUCAAUGGACUUAUGGUGCUCUACAGAUAUGUGCCAAAAUUCUUAUAUAGCUUAAAAAGGGUUCAGCUUGGCUCCUAGGGGCUUUGCACGGCACGUCCCCAGUGUCGUUCGGAAGCCCUGGCUGGCUUAUAAACAAACACCCGCUUUUCCUGUUUUUUUUACGCCCGUUCUAGGUUGCGCGAUGGGGUGCAAGAUUUGUCCUUUUCGGUGUUCCUCGAUCAGGAGUAGAGAUUCUCCCCCUUCGUUAUACUAUAAGGAAGACUAGCGCAUAACUGCAUCUAUUACA